CUUUCCACUAUCAAUAUUAUAAGGGUCCAUUUACGAAUUCAGCAAUGAGCAAUACCUUCCAUAAAAUAUGAGUCCAGUCCUGCCACCACAUAACUAAAUCUAAUGGACGAUCACUAUCUGCACGUGCCGCAUUCCUUCGUGUCGUCGUCCCCACCGAGAGUACGAUUACAACGGCAGCCGACAUCGGCCAAUGCGACGACUACGCGCAAUAUGGGCAUCCUCCGGAGUUACCGUGGCGUCCGGCAGAGGAACGGGAAGUGGGUUUCGGAGAUACGGGAGCCGGGGAAGUCCAGCCGCAUCUGGCUGGGAACGUUCCCGACAGCGGAGAUGGCGGCGGUGGCGUAUGAUGUGGCAGCGCACGCGCUGCGCGGAGCUGAUGCGGUGCUCAAUUUCCCCGACGAGAUAUCGGCACGCCCCGCGCCAACUUCUUUGUCGCCUGCGGCAAUACAGUCCGCGGCCGCCGAAGCUGCAGCGGCCGUCCUUGGGCGGAGGGUGCCGGAGGGCGUGGCAGGCGAGAGGUACAUGGACGAGGAGGAGAUGUUUGACAUGCCUGGCCUGCUGGUGGACAUGGCGGAGGGGAUGAUGAUGUCCCCGCCGAGAUUGAGUCCGAACUCAGCGACUGACGACGCGCCGGAGAUGCGCGACGAUGAGAGCCUGUGGAGCUACCGAUGAAGCAGCUUUGACUACGGACGGGUAUAAAUGUAAUUAUGCUAAGAAUUAUUGUACUUUAUUAAAAAUAAUUAACAAGAAUGUCUGUAAAUUUUAUUUCAACUGUUUUAUAUUUGCUCGAGUUAAACCAAUGAAUAUUGCCAAGUACUAUACA